UUCAGAAAGUGAAUCCACUCACAGUUGAGCAACCAUGACCACCAGUACGGACGUCCUGGCACUGAUGCAGCGCCCAAUGGAACCGACCUUCUACCCGAAGGAUGACGGUAAAACCGUACUGGAGCUGCCGGAAAGUUAUCUUGCCGAUCGAUACCGUCCGCUGGGAACUGAACUACAGUCCCGGUUUAGUGAUAAUGUGGAUGUGAAAAUUCCCGUUCGAGACGUCGGAACACCGGAUAUCGCGUUCGCCGAAGUGAUUAAACGGAGAGGACCAUUUUCGUUGUUUAUUAAAAAGCAUCAAGAAAUUGCGGGCCAGUUGAUUGGACUCUUUAUGCGGCAACCGGACAUAAGCUCGCUCAUGGGAGUGGCAUCUUACUGUCGGGAACGUUUGAACAUGUAUCUGUUUCAGUACGCGUUUACCGUUGCGGUGCAGCAUCGAGAGGAUACGAAGAACGUGAAUGUAACGUCGAUUUUGGACCUGUUCCCGGAUCAGUUUGUGGACCCUUCGGUGUUUCCCAAGUUGAGGGAAGAAGGAAAAAUCGUGAAGACGGGCGAUAGGAUGGCCAUCGAUAUACCGAUGAAUUACACGGCAUCGGAUCGGGAGGAUGAGCAACGGUUGGCAUACUGGCGUGAGGAUAUCGGUGUUAAUAUGCACCACUGGCAUUGGCAUCUGGUGUACCCGACAGUUGGUCCCAAGGAAAUAGUUGAUAAGGACCGACGGGGUGAACUGUUUUUCUACAUGCAUCAGCAGCUUAUUCAUCGGUACAAUGUUGAACGAUUCUGCAACCGGCUGGGACGGGUUCAGAGUAUGCACCACUUUCGACAACCAAUCGCUCAAGCUUACUUCCCGAAAAUGGUUCGAAGUGUGGACAAAAGAGCGUACGCUGCGCGUCCCGAGAGUUUUACCCUGAAAGACAUCAAUCGUAGUGUUGAAGGGCUCAAGUUUACCAUCGGCGAAAUGGAACUUUGGAGAGAUAGAAUCUACGAAGCAAUUGACGCCGGUUUUGUAAGGGAUAAAUCGGGUAACAAUAUUCCGUUGGAUCCAGUGAAGGGAAUUGAUAUUCUUGCAAAUCUAUUGGAAGCUUCGGACCUUUCGAUCAAUCCUACUUACUAUGGGAAUCUGCACAUUUCCGGUCAUAUCGCUAUUGCUUUUUGCCACGAUCCAGAGGAUCGCUACUUGGAACCGUUUGGCAUCAUGGGAGAUGUGGCAACCGCCCAACGUGAUCCUUCGUUCUACCUCUGGCAUUCGUUCGUUGAUGAUGUUUUAGUUCGACACAAAGAUUUGCUUGAUCCUUACACCGCAGCCGAACUAUCGUUCCCAGGUAUUACCGUCACAAAUCUGAACGUUACUUUGAAUCGAGCGAAUGUAGUUCCGAAUGUUUUGCUAACCUACUGGCAGCGCUCGCAGGUGGAUCUUGCUGCCGGAUUGGACUUCGGCCCAGAGGGAAACGUCUUCGCGUCAUUCACCCAUCUGCAACAUGCUCCCUUCGUCUACAACAUCGAUGUUACCAACGCUGGAGCUAACCCAGCUCGUGGAACGGUUCGCAUAUUUAUGGCCCCAAAACAAGACGACCGCAACAUCAAUCUCAAGUACAAAGAGUGGAGGCGCUACGUAAUCGAGCUUGAUAAGUUUGUGGUUUCAUUAAAACCCGGUGCCAACCAAAUCAUUCGCCGUUCCGAUCAGUCUAGUGUAACGGUCGCGUAUAACCGAACGUUCCGUCAAAUCAAAACCGAAAAGGACAUUCCGGAUAAAGGCGAUCUGGCUCAGUUUCGUUUCUGUGGCUGUGGAUGGCCUGACCACAUGCUGCUUCCCAAGGGAACUACCGAAGGAAUGACGUUCGAUUUGUUUGUGAUGAUCUCCAACUACGCCGGUGACAGCAUUGGUCAGGAAUUCGAUGAAGACGUCAAUUGUAACGAUUCACAUUCGUUCUGCGGUUUGAGGGAUAAACUGUAUCCGGACGCACGCUCGAUGGGUUUUCCCUUCGACCGAAAGUCUCCGGACGCCAUCGAAACACUGCAACAGUACAUGGCACCGAACACGAAUAUGCGCGCUACGGAUGUGGUUGUUAAGUUUAGGAACACCGUGAUAGCAAGAACCUAAACUUAGCUGGGCGAGAUAUUCAUCAACUAACUUUUUGGUUCAAGUGAUUGAGGGUUUUGUGUAUAAACGCCACUGUGAAACAAAUAUUGUAAAAUCGUAAAUAGAGAAACAACUACGAACAUUUCCAUACUCGGUUUAUUUUAAAUUUUAUUUCAAAUAGUGUUUCACAAAAAUUACAGUUAAAGUAUCUUCACACAAACUUUUCGAAUCAAAAUUCUAUAGUGAUAUUGUAAUAUACCGCAUUGAAAUAAAGCGGAAAAAACCAUUUUCCCAAACUAGUUACAGGUCUUGAUUAUAAUGUAUUCUUCACAAUUUGUUGUUAAUAAAGCAAUUUUAGAAUGUUCCA